AGAGGAAGAGAAUAACGCAACGCAAAGCAGAGGGAGAGAAUGGCGAUGGCGAGGAGGAGGGUCCUAGCGCUCGCGUCCCAGCUCCUCCACCGGCGGCGUCUUCCCGACCCGCGCUUCCUCUCCUCGGCGGCCGCCGGCGCUCUCGACCGCCUCGGCUCGCCGCCUUUCGCGCGCUCGGCGGCGUCCCGGAACCCCGCUCCUCCUUCCCCAUGGGAUCGGUUCGGAGGGCAGAAGAGGACCAUGUUCAUCCAGACGCAGUCGACACCCAACCCGCAGUCGCUCAUGUUCCAUCCUGGGAAGCCGGUUAUGGAGGUUGGGAGCUCUGAUUUCCCUAAUGCUCGGACCGCGAUGACAUCUCCUUUGGCGAAGGCGCUAUUUGCGAUCGAGGGAGUUACCAGAGUAUUCUUUGGAUCUGAUUUUGUAACUGUGACGAAAUCAGACGAAACUUCUUGGGAUUAUCUUAAGCCUGAGGUCUUCGCUGCAAUAAUGGAUUUCUACUCAUCUGGGCAGCCACUCUUUCUGGACGCAAAUACCGCAGCUGCUAAGGACACAGCAAUUCAUGAGGAUGAUUCAGAAAUAGUUGCGAUGAUAAAAGAAUUGCUGGAGACUCGCAUUCGGCCAGCUGUUCAAGAUGAUGGUGGUGACAUUGAAUACCGAGGAUUUGAUCCAGAAACAGGGAUCGUGAAGCUGCAAAUGCAAGGUGCCUGCAGCGGCUGUCCGAGUUCAGCAGUCACGUUGAAAUCUGGCAUAGAGAACAUGCUCAUGCAUUAUGUGCCAGAGGUGAAAGGAGUAGAGCAGGAGUUUGACGGUGAUGAAGAAGCUGAAUUGGCUACCCAGACGGAAUGAGUACGACCCUGUCACAUGUUCAGAGAAACCAUGUUACGGAUGAAAUGUCUGGGAGAAUCUGAACCCUCACCCGAAACCACAUAUUAUCACUGUAUUUUGUGACAUAAAUCAGGGCUAGCCUGAAGUUUUUGCGAUGAUUAGCUGGUUGUAAUUUUGAUCAUAUAUGUAUGCAAGACGCAGACUGUAAUACAUGGUAGGGAGGCAACAGUAGCCUAAACCAGCAUAUCUGCUGCACUAGGGUUGAAUAAAGUGAUAGUUGAUUGAUC